AUGGAUCAGAAAUUUGUUUCCUCAGCAGAAAUAGAAGAGGCUAGAAAAAAACGGGCAGAAGAAUGGAAGGCAGCUUAUGAAAGACUGGGAGAAAAGCCGCCAGUAGUAGAGGAAGAGUACGAUCCUCGUACAUUAUACGAGAAAUUACAAGAACAAAAAAUGAAGAAAGAGGAAGCUUUUCAGGAAAUGACAAGAUUCAGUAAUCUGAUACAUAGACUUGAUGAGGAUGAAAUAGAUUUUUUGGCAACAUUAGAACAUGAACAACGUGGUAAAGAAAUGGAAAAAAUGAAAAAAGUUGAGCAAGAACUUGAAGAAUUUAGACGAGCUGCUGCCAAGGCCGAUGAAGAAGCGACACCAAAACUUGUAAUUCAACCUGAAAUUAUCUCAGCACCAAUAAAAACUUCUAUAAAGAAAGAUACACAACGGAUGAUUUUAGAGGGUGCUAUUAAAAAAAUCAACGUUCCUUCACGUAAGAGAUCAUUAAAUGAUGAUGAUACACAGUCAUCUAACUCUAAUGAACAAUCCAAAGAUCAGAAACCAUCUUUACUAGCAUAUAGUGACAAUAGUAGUAGUGAAGAGAGUACUGAUUAA